UUGACUUUGAUUGACAGUAGUGGAAGUGAGAGUGAACUUCGUGACUGUAGUACAGUGAGAAUAACUUAAAUUUUGACCAAUUUGCGAAAGAAUACAGUGAAUAUGGCCACUGUGGAAGAGUUGCAGAAUAAAGUGAAGGAGCUGGAAGCUCAGCUUGCUGCUGCUCAGGGAAAUGUAGGUCCGGUGAGACAGAAAAUCGACGUAAUGUCGUCCGAAGUCGUGGACUCCAAUCCGUACAGUCGUCUGAUGGCUCUGAAAAGGAUGGGUAUUGUAAAUAACUAUGAGAAAAUUCGUGAGAUGUCAGUGGCUGUGGUUGGUGUUGGUGGCGUGGGCAGUGUCACUGCUGAGAUGCUCACUAGAUGUGGGAUUGGAAAGUUGAUCCUGUUUGACUAUGACAAAGUGGAGCUGGCGAACAUGAACCGGCUGUUCUUCCAGCCACACCAGGCCGGCCUCAGCAAGGUGGAUGCAGCGGCCGCCACCCUUCAGAACAUCAACCCUGAUGUUACUAUUGAUGCAUACAACUAUAAUAUUACCACUGUUGAUAACUUCCAGAACUUCUGUGACACAAUUAGAACUGGAAGUUUAAUGGGCGGGCCUGUAGACCUUGUGCUCAGCUGUGUGGACAACUUCGAGGCUCGCAUGGCCAUCAACACUGCCUGCAAUGAGCUGAACCAGAAGUGGUUUGAGUCCGGUGUCAGUGAGAAUGCUGUGUCCGGACACAUACAGUUCAUCAUUCCUGGGGAAACCGCUUGUUUUGCUUGUGCCCCACCACUAGUGGUGGCUUCCAAAAUUGAUGAGAGGACACUGAAGAGGGAAGGAGUGUGCGCUGCCAGUCUACCUACCACCAUGGGAAUUGUAGCUGGGUUCUUAGUGCAAAAUACAUUGAAGUUCUUACUCGAGUUUGGAACAGUCACUCAUUACUUAGGAUACAGCGCAUUAACAGAUUUCUUCCCGACAAUGGGUUUGAAGCCAAACCCACAGUGUGACGACAGUUUCUGUCGCAGUAGACAGACGGAGUUCAAAGCGAAGCCUGUCGUGGAACUGGCCACAGAAGUCAUGGAAGAUAUCGCGCCUGUGCACGCAGAUAACGAAUGGGGUAUCAGCCUAGUUGACGAAAACAGCCCUGUAGAUGAUGACUGCUCCAAUCUUAAACUAGUAGACGGUGUUCAGGUGGCCUACAGUGUCCCCGUAGACAACAGUACCCCGGAGUCCAGUACGGGCGGCGCCGUGGCCGCGUCAGAGCUGUCGCUAGAGGAGCUCAUGCAGCAAAUGAAGUCCAUGUAAAUAUGUAGACAACAACCACUACCCACUGCGGCCAUACACUGACGAGUCACCGACCAAUAAGUGGCCAUUUACUUCAUAUCAGGAACAUGUACUGAGUGAAAAUGAUUUUUUUAUAUUAUAUUGGGUUGUCUGAAAUGAAUGUUAGUGAUGUUUUGCUAAGUAUUAAGUUUGUGUAUUCCUUUUUGUUAUUUACUGUAUUUAAGUAAUGUCCAUUUGAUAAAAGAUAAGGGAAAGUCUGGCUGAGUGAUUGGCCAAAACAUUUGAUGUUAAUGCAACGGAAUAAGUGGCUUUGUUGAUGUUAAAAACGCUCAAAUUUAUAUUAUUGUAUAUAAGUAACGUUUGGAAUUUGUUACAAGUUAAUUUUGCAUAAGUUUUAAAAUUAUUAUUUGUUGCUUUCCAUAAAUUUUAACGUCUAUUAAUAUAUUUAGCUAAAAGCAUUUGUGAUCGUAUACUAGUGUCAAAAAUAAAAGAAUCAUGAAUUCUAAAUCUUAAGCGAUUGCUUUAUUUGUAUGUAUUGAAUGUAUAUUUAAAUUAUUAAAAUGCUUCAUGACAAUGCAUUACAGCUGAUGUGUAUUAUCUUUGUUCUAUUCUUAGGUAUAUAAAAUGUGUUUCAAGUUAGUACUUACGUUGUUGCAAGGCCAAAUAAAUAUGUUUGUGUCCUAAAGAUGCUCGUUACAAAUUCAUUAUCUGUUCACCAUUUUUAUCUAAUUACCUGUUUAUGUAGUUGCUCUCUACUUUCCUCUAGAAUGGGACAAAGACGAUGCAGUCAUCAAAACCAAGCAUUCCAGCUUAUUGUAUAAAAAUAUAUAAUUUAUUUAAGAGCUAAUGAGAGUAGCGUAAGACGUAGUUAAUUUAUUUUUUUGAUAUGUUUUAAAAUUUUAUAUCAAUAUUGUUGUUAGCUGCGCUGAGCUGAAUGAAUAUCAUUAUACAUAUUGUAAUAAAUUUUAUUGUAAUUAAAUAUCGUCUGUCAAAA